AUGGCCACGCAGACACAGACAGAGACCGAAAUCGUGGAGGUCAAGGAUGACAUGAUGCCGUCCUUCGAAAAGGCCCCGGACCUGCGCUUCACCAGCCUGAGCUCGAGCGGCCAGAUGGUCGAGCACAAGGAACACCUCACUCCACCAGAGACACCUCGCGAUUAUGUCCAAGAACCGGAGCUUUUCUGGCCCAAGGUCAGGCGGCACCUACAGGAUCCAUUCUCAGAGUUCUUUGGUACAAUGGUGAUGAUCCUAUUUGGUGACGGCGUCGUCGCCCAAGUUGUCCUCAGUAAUGAUACAAGAGGUGAUUACCAGAGUAUUUCAUGGGGCUGGGGGCUGGGCGUCAUGAUCGGAGUCUACGUCGCGAAGAAGAGUGGCGGCCACCUCAACCCGGCCGUCACACUGUCGAAUUGUGUCUUCCGCAGCUGCCCCUGGCACAAGUUCCCCAUCUACUUCAUGGCGCAGCUUCUCGGCGCCAUGGCCGGAGCAUUCAUAGUGUACUUCAACUACAGGCUGGCCAUCGACAACUUCGAAGGCGGUCCGGGAAUACGCACAGUCGGGGGCAACACAUCCAGCGCUGGCGUUUUCUGCACAUACCCCGCCCCUUUCAUGACCAGAGGCCAAAUGUUUGUGAGCGAGUUUGUCGCCAGUGCUAUACUCAUGUUCAACAUCUUUGCCUUUGUUGAUGCUGGGGCGGGGGACUUGAUCCCACUCUGCUUAUUCUUCCUCAUCUUUGGCAUUGGCGCCUGCUUUGGCUGGCAGACAGGUUAUGCCAUCAACUUGGCCAGGGACUUUGGGCCCAGGCUGGUAUCGUACAUUCUGGGCUACGGCAGUGACGUUUGGUCAGCCGGUGGCUAUUACUUCUGGAUCCCCAUGGUAGCACCAUUUCCGGGGUGUUUGUUCGGGGCCUUUCUCUAUGAUGUUUUCUUGUUCAAGGGAGAAAGCCCCAUCAACACCCCUUGGAUGGGGCUUCGACGGUUCACGAAGCCAAAAUCCGAUUCGUGGGUUGGUGGAAAAGUCUAG